GUUACACGUCGAUGAAUCGACUCUCGUUGUGUUUGUAAACAACAUAUGAGAGUAAAACGUGUUUUUCACGCCUUUUCUCUACCGAAAACACUGCAACUGCUGCAUUUCCGCAACAAGUUCCAUUGAAAACAUACAAGAUACACAUAUUCCUUUUGGUUUUGUAUUUUGUUUGUGUUUGUGUUUUGAAAUACCCCAGUACAGUGUUAACACCGAAGAUGUAUUUUUGUUUGUGUUGAGAUAUUAUUUGUUUUGUGUUCACUUUUGAUUUCGGUCUUAGCUGCCCCCGACGCACGUAUUUGGAAGCAGCCCACACCACAAUGGACGAUCCGGAAAUACAGGAGACGGUCGAAUCAAUCCUGGGCAAGGGGGCCAAAGUGGUUGAUUGUGAAAAGAAAUCGUCCAUUAAAGAAGAAGAAGUGCUUUUCAUCAACGGUAUCCCCGUGGCGCUCGAAGGCCGAGAUGGGAUGGCCAUAAAACAGGCUCUGAUAACGGGCCAGGUACCUCCCUGCGACCUCCUGAAUACUCUGCUGAUUAAAACCGGUAUUUUGAAAGCACCGGUGAAGCUGGACACCUCGCUCAGCGUAAAGUCCACGACAGUCACAAAGGAAGAGGUGACGGUGUCUAGAGCAGGCAAAGUAGUGGACGAGAGAAGCUGCGAGACAAAGGAGCAGAAUUUUUACACGAGCGCGAUAUCCGAGGUGUUCGAACCGAUUAAAAUAAUACCCACCUCCGAGCUGUUGAACGGAGAGUACAGUAACGUGAAAUACACGGAAAACAUCGGCGAUCACGCGAAAUACUACGACAAUAAUGGUUACGAGACGGGUAGUGAGAAAAAAUUCGGAUCGUGCUCUAGUGCUUCGAGUUAUGAGUCUGAAGAACCCAAUGUGCCAUCUUACAAGCCCCAAACUUGUCUGAGCAAGGACUCCGGGCAUUUGAGUAGUUCCGUGUCGACUACCAAAGUGGAUUUCACACAGAGUUCGAUCGAUUCCCUGAGCUCAUUGGAUGAGACUGAUUUUCUUACUGAUCAAUUUAGGAAGUGCACGACUUAUAAUGGAAAUGGACUUACGAAUAGUUAUCAGAAUAGUUAUCUCCCUACAAUAUUUGGUACCGUAGCAUCGGACCUCACACCAAAAGACUGUUCAAACCGAAGGAGCUUGCCACAAACACCACAGACUAAAAGUUUCUCCACGAUUUUUAACGGCGAAGCCAGCCAAGAGGGUUCUGCGGAUUCUGGUUUGCAGCAAGAUAACGCAUUGGUUUACCGGGACGGGAAUCUGGUAUCAGGCCCUUUGGAGACUCUAAUUCAGCACAUGGUCCCCACCGACGUGUACUAUCCAGACAGGGCAUACUUAUUUGCAUUUCUUUUGUCCUCGCGCCUAUUCAUCAAGCCACACGAUCUCCUCGCCAAGGUGCGGAAUCUCUGCGAGACGCAGCAGGGUCUAGGAAGCACCGCCGCGGGAAGUUCGCAUCCAGGACAGGCUCGAUUCGCUGAACAUUUGGUGCAGUUGCUGGCCGAAUGGACUGAAACUUUUCCUUACGACUUCAGGGAUGAAAGAAUGAUGGAGCAUGUUCGAAAAAUAACACAACAAUGUUGUGCACUUAACUCCAGCCUUAGAGCGAAUGUGUCCUCGUUGCUCCAUAAUCUACACCCCAGAUUGACGGCGCUUGAAGCUUAUGAAAAAUCCCUGGAAACCCAGACCGGUUCUUUAGAUGAAAAUUGCACUGACAUAUCGGAAAUAUGUCCUAAUCCUGCAAUGCUUGCUCAACAAUUAACGCAUGUGGAGCUAGAGAGGUUAUCCUUCAUUGGCCCUGAAGAAUUCGUUCAGGCAUUUGCUAAGGAAAACCCAAAUCUAGAGACCUCUUUUAAAGACAUGAAGAAAACGCAUAAUUUGGAACAAUACGUCCAAUGGUUUAAUAGACUGAGCUAUUUCGUAGCAACGCAAGUUUGUAAAUACCAAAAGAAGAAAAUGAGAGUGCGAGUUGUAGAAUUUUGGAUAGAAACUGGAAGAGAAUGUUUUAAUAUUGGAAACUUUAACAGUUUAAUGGCAAUCAUCGCUGGACUAAAUAUGUCGCCAAUUUCAAGACUGAAGAAAACUUGGAGCAAAAUCCAGUCAGGAAAGUUUGCAAUAUUAGAACAUCAAAUGGAUCCGAGUAGCAACUUCAGCAGUUAUAGAAGUACGUUAAAAGCUGCUAUGUGGAGAAGUGCAGGGGCCACCGAUCAGAGGCAAAGAAUCGUCAUUCCAUUUUUUAGUUUACUUGUAAAAGACCUUUAUUUUCUCAAUCAAGGGUGUGCAAACAGGCUGCCAAAUGGCCAUAUUAAUUUUGAAAAAUUCUGGCAACUGGCGAAACAAGUAACAGAGUUCAUGGCAUGGAAACAAGUAACUUGUCCGUUCGAGAAGGAUCCAAAGAUUAUAUCUUUGUUGCAACACGGGCCCAUUCUAAACGAAAAUGCUUUAGCUCUGGCUAGUUUCGAGUGUGAACCGCCGGAUAACAAUCAAGAAAAAGAAAGGUGUAAAACUUUAAAAGCGGAUGUAACUACUCCAAAUUAGGUGAAUGGUUAGAAAAGUUGGUUUAAAUGUACAAAUUUUAUUGUUUUGUGAAUGUUUUGUUUGUUAACUUUGUUUUUCAAUUUUAUUUUUAAUCCUGUGUAUAUAGGUAUAGGUUAUGUACAGUUUUUAUAAUUUAUUAGGUUUUUUAAAAGCGAAAUUAUUUUUCUUAUCCCAUAAAAAGUAUUGAGUUAUAUUGAUACCAAUUGUGAUUUUCUAGCUUUCUAAUUAUAGUUUUAGUUUUUAAACAUGCACAAUUUGUUAUGUACCUUAUUUAUUUGUUUAAUUUUAAAGCAGUGUUGAACACUGGAUUCAUUUUGUUAAGUACCUAAUUGCCAUUAUUAGAUGUUUUAGAAGUUCUGUUCCAUACAAGAACUUGCUUAUGCCUAUCGAAAUAUUUAAUUGUGAUUGCAUAGUUUAUAUUUAAAUAAAAAAUUUGUUGAUGUACUUUACACUUACGUCAUAAUUAAAGAAAUACUCAAUUUAUAAAAUUUUUACAUAGAACCGAUUUUGUACCUAUUUGUAAUAUUUUGUACCUCAGUGUUUUUACAAAUAUUUAUAAAGUACUUAAUAUAUAUAUUGACCAAUGUAUUAACAGUAUUUAUCUAAAGUAAAAGUAUUUAUUAUGUCAGGAAUUACACAAUCACAUUUGUUAUAGAUGAAAUGCCAUUACUGCACUCGUAUAUUCUUCAAAUAACAUACAUAAAUGUAUGUAUAAGUAUGUGGAUAUUAAGAAUGUAACUAUUGUAACAGAUGUGAUUUAAUUUUAACUAUUGCAUUGUAAUGUAAGUUUACUACAUGCUUUGCCGCACACUGCAUUAGAUAUUAAACAACUUAAAAAAGACUUAAUUUUAUCAGUAUUCUAGUCACUAGAUAAGAUUUGCAUUGCUAACUACAUGCUGCAUUGUAGCUAUUUAUAAAAUGUAUAAAUGAUUUGUAUUGUAUCAAAUUGUUUUAUGUAUAAAUGA